CUGCGGCUCCUCAGGCCUUCUUAAAACCAGCACUGGCGGCCGCUCAAAUGGCCUAUCGUUCCUUGUGGUCUACUCUCCCAUUACAGAAUGGCUCCCGUCGGCAUCCCAGCAAGUCUCACCAAUGUCAUUGUUGGUCCGCUCUUGAUCGGAUCCUGGCUCAACAUCUGGCUUUAUGGAAUGAUGUUGAUUCAAGCACAGGCAUACUAUCGUCAUGCACAGAAUGACCCUGCCUGGAUCAAAUACCUGGUGGCUUUCAUCCUGUUAGCGGACACGUUUAACUCUGUGUUUGACGCGUGGUUCACCUAUCAUUACGCAGUGUUGGAGUUCGGCAACCCAAAUACCAUCAUGGUCUCUAAUUGGGUUUUCAACACAGAUCCCAUCAUGACCGUUAUCAUAUCUUCGACCGUCCAAGCGUUCUUUGGGUGGCGAGUCAAGCGGCUAACGGGUAUUACCUGGCUUGCUGCGAUAAUUGUCAUCUCAGCCGUUAUUCAAUUCUUGGCCGGGCUCGGAACAACCAUUGGUUGUGCCAUCGUCAAAGAAUUCGUCCAAUUCAGGUCAUUCAAGUCGAUUGUCAUCGUUUGGCUCGUCCUUGCGCCUGUGACCGACUUCCUCAUUGCAGCUAGCCUCGCUUGGUACCUCCGUUCGCAUAAAACUGGCUUUGCGACAACAGACGAUAUAGUGAUUCGAAUCACUCGAUUGACAAUUCAAACUGGUGCCAUCACCGUCAUCUGGGCGACAACCGACUUGGUCGUAUUCUUGGUCUGGCCUAACAAUCUGCACUUGAUCUUUAACAUGCCACUCGCCAAACUCUACGGAAACUGUCUCAUGAGCUCUCUGAAUGCACGCCGCGAGUGGAGUACUUCAGGAUUGGGUUAUACCACUUCAGAUGGUAUUUCCCGAGGACAGCCCCGUGGCGGGAUCAGCAUCACUACGAAGACCGAAGUUGUUCAGGAUGCGAUCGAACUCGACGUGACCAGUAAACAUCGUCCACAAGAUGGUGCUCCACGAAGUGUCCGCCCAAGCACCGCUGCAGGUGGUGGUGCUGCCAUUGGUGUUGGAGUCCCUGUCCACAAUUCAAAACAUGAUGACGGGUUAUCGCUACAUUCCGAUUCGAUUGAUGGGGAUGAUUCUUCAAGUCAGAAGCCUAAUGGGGGUCGAAAAGCGGAAUGGCCAUCACGAAGUCUAUAGAGUUCCUAUUCUUUGGUGCCUUCUUUUUAUAUCCACCUGCUUCUCGCAACUUGCUGAAUUCACCCUCGGCCCUCUCACCAUAAGUGCUCAAUGCGUGUUUUCGUAUUCCAUCAUAAACUACUUAUGUAAU